AUGCAUUUCAAUCGCAUCCUUCUUCUUGCUGCGGCCUCGUUUGCCGUGGCGGCCCCCGAGCCCAGACCGGACCCCGUUGCAAUGCCAGCUCCCCAGUCGACAGGCCUUCUCUCGGAACUGCCAGGCAUUCUCAGUGGUGCUGAGGACCUGCUCAGUCAGACCAACAUCAACAAUCUUCAAAUCAUCAUUGGCAACGCGGCCAAGCUGCUAUCCGACUCCAAUCUCGUGGUUCUGCAAGAUAUCCUCACCAAUGCGCACAGUCUCUUGACGAAGGAGUUCGUUGACAACACUACCACUCUGAUUGGGGAUGCCACACCGCUCGUGGAGGAUGUGUCAAAGCUGCUGGGCGGAGUGCUGGGAACCUUGUAG